AUGGGUCCUUGCUCGCCGAUGCCAAUCUUGUCAGCCCCGGCUGUCAAUGAUAACAGAGUCGUAGUUGGUGCGGAUAUGCCCUUAUACAAGAAAUUUGCGGCGAGGAAUCUCAACGUAAAGGGGCCGCAUUCUGAAUCAAUUAGCCAAUUAUUCAACGCUGACUAUCAUGACGACGCUUUCAACGGAUUUGCUCUUGCAGCUUUAGUCGGUUUCAUUGUAACAUAUCAGAUUUAUCUUCCUAUUCAAUACAACUACCAACUGUAUGCUCUGGGUAUUGGCGGCUACCUUCCAAGCGAUGGCCAGCUGCUUUACGUACAAAAUGUGAGCAUCGUCAACGUCGCUUUCUUUUGGGUAACAAUCUACCUGGUCAAAGCCUCCUUCUUAUCUCUAUACUGGGCUUUGUUCUCGGUAUCCAAUAGUUUUCGAAAAUGGUGGUUCGUUGUUGCGGCGUAUACUCUAAUCUCAUUUCUGGCAACAUUUUUGGCUAUUUUUUGGUCAUGCAAAACUCCUACUCAACUUGAAAAUCUUGCGAUGACACUACCAUUAGGUAUGCUACGGGCGAUGAAGAUGUCAAGAUCUCGAAAACUGGGACUAGCUGCUAUCGCUGCUCUAGUAGUUAUUGACAUCGUUUUCGACAUCCUCCGAACUAUAUACACGGUUGGAAGUUAUGAGAGUACUUUCCCAAAUGCCAAUGCUGUUUGGGCUCUUUGCGAGCCAACUAUUGCCGUCAUGGUCUGCGCUCUGCCCACCUAUCGAACAUUGCUUUUUCGGAAAACCCCUGAACCAUCAACCUCAUACCAAGGAAUGCGGGGGACAAGGAGCACCCGGAAAAAUAACAUACGAAAUACAUCAACACCCCAUGAGAUGGACGACAUAAGUGCAUAUAGUCUUGCUUCUACUCAAUCUGUGUUGGGAAAUCAUGCGGAGGCACAUGUUGUGUGA